GGUUUGACCCAUUUCCGGUUCUUACGACAACAACGUAGUGCACAUGGAGAGCAGUAGCUAGAAGAAGUACUAACAGAUAACACGUUUACCCCUUCAGAUUUAUUAAACCACAGUGUUUUGUGUGAAGUGGCAUCACCAGAAGCUACUAUGGGCAAGAAGAAGGCCGGCGGAGGAGGUGGACUCGGCAGAGCUCUGAUAAAAGAGAGACUUCAGGCAGGCCGAGGAAACAAGAGGGGCGACUCCUGGCUCCACACCAGUGAACUGAAUGAUGGCUAUGACUGGGGACGGCUGAACCUGCAGUCGGUAACUGAACAGAGUUCCAUGGAUGACUUCCUGGCCACUGCUGAAUUGGCAGGAACAGAGUUUGUUGCAGAGAAACUCAACAUCAGGUUUGUGCCAGCGGAAGCUAGAGCAGGCCUUUUAACAGCUGAGGAGAAAACCAGGCUGAAGAAGCUUCAUGAGGACAACAAGCAUUUUCUUAGGAUUCCUCGACGCCCCCACUGGGAUGAAGGCACCAGUCCAGAUGCACUUCAGCAGGCAGAGAAAGACAGCUUCUUGGAGUGGAGACGAGAGCUUGCACAGCUGGAAGAAGAACAGAAGCUAAUUCUCACCCCAUUUGAGAGGAAUCUUGAGUUCUGGAGACAGUUGUGGAGAGUGAUCGAGAGGAGUGAUGUCGUCGUCCAAAUUGUUGAUGCCAGAAAUCCUUUGCUGUUCAGAUGUCCUGACCUGGAGUCAUAUGUAAAGGAGGUGUCAAAGGAUAAGGUGAAUAUGCUGUUAGUGAACAAGGCAGACCUGCUAACCAGGGAGCAGAGGCGAGUGUGGGCCAGACACUUUGAGAAGGAGGGGCUGAGGGCAGUUUUCUGGUCUGCCCUGGCUGAGAGCAACAGGCUAGAUGCAGAGGACAAGGGCAUGGAAGUGGAGGGUCCAGAGUGUGGAGACAGUGACCCAGAAGAGGAAGCAAAGCCAGACAUUGAAGACAUGAGCCAUAAAGGGGCAGAUGGAGAGGAGGAGGAGGUGAAGGCGGAUGUGGAGGAUGAAGAGGGAGAAGAUAGUGGCACAGAGGACGAGCAGCAGGAAAAGAUCAUUGUAGAUGAGGAGGAGUGGCACACCUGCUCAGAAGAUGAGGAUGAAGAAGAGGAGAGGACUGUUGGUUCAUCCAAUGAAUCCUCCUUCCACAACUCCAGCCGUCUGCUGCAUAAGGAUGAGCUGCUGGACAUGUUUAGGGCUGUUCACAAGGGGACCAGGUGUAAAGAAGGACAACUCACAGUGGGACUGGUUGGGUAUCCUAAUGUGGGAAAAAGUUCCACUAUCAACACUAUUCUAAGGAACAAGAAGGUGUCUGUUUCUGCCACUCCUGGACACACUAAGCACUUUCAGACCUUAUAUGUGGAGCCAGGCCUGUGCCUCUGUGACUGCCCAGGUCUUGUCAUGCCCUCCUUUGUCUCUACCAAAGCUGAGAUGAUCUGCUCUGGGAUCCUGCCCAUUGAUCAAAUGAGAGACCACGUACCUGCAGUCUCUCUUAUAUGUCAGACAGUCCCUCGGCAUGUGUUAGAAGGUACCUACGGCAUCAACAUAAUCCGACCACGAGAAGAUGAAGACCCUGACAGACCCCCUACUUCUGAAGAGUUACUGAUGGCUUAUGGAUACAUGAGAGGUUUUAUGACGUCCCAUGGGCAGCCUGAUCAGUCCAGAUCAGCACGGUAUAUCCUGAAGGAUUUCGUCAGUGGCAAGCUUCUGUAUUGCCAUCCUCCUCCUCAUAUUAAUGCGGAAGACUUCCAGCCACAGCACUGCAAGUUCCAGAAUAGAGACUCCGGCUGUGACCUCUCCACAAUAACAAACAAACAACAGAAAAUCAAGAGAAUUGAAAAUGUGGUUGACAAGAAUUUCUUCCAUCAGGAGAAUGUGCGGGCACUCUCCAAGGGAGUUCAGUCCGUCAUGGGCUACAAACCAGGCAGUGGACCCAUUGGCCCAGGUAAAGCUGAAUCGGAGAUGGCGGUGGGCAAACCCUGGAAAAAACAUGGGAACAGGAACAAGAAGGAGAAAGUACGCCGGCUCAACAAACAUCUGGAUGCCUGACACUGAUCUUAAAUUCUAAGCACUUUCAAUGACAGAUCAUUUCAGCAGGAAUAGAAAUACCCAAACAUACAGCUCAUGUGAUUCCAAGGGAAUUGAUGCUGAGCAGUAUCUGUAGGUAAAGAUUAUGGCCUCUUAGUCUUGUGAGUAUGGAAUUGUCAGGCUGUACAUAAUCGGUCAUAGACUGCACUGGUUUGAAGAUCAUAUUGGUGCAAUGCAUUCCACCGACUGAGUCACCAAUUGUACAGCAUAUCUCCUCACAGGGUUCGGAAACGAUGGACUCACCAUUCAGAGGGUGUGAAAUUUGUAAGAAAUUGAAAAAGACAUUUUCAGUUGGUAUUUUGAAGGCUUUUUGCAUCACAAAGAAUUCAUUUGCCAGAUAAAUUACUGUAUGUUCGAUACAGCUUUUAACCGCAUACAAUUAUAACUAAAGUAAUGAAUCUGGAUUAUAAAAUAAAAUUAAUGUUUUCAUGUUA